CAAGACUUUUUGACCCUUCGCGCACGCCGUACAGUCACAAUAGUUAUGGCGUCUGACUCGAUCUGACUUCCAAGUUUUGACGGAACAAACUUUUGGAGUAACCAUGUCUCCGACAUCCGCAGCGGCUGUUCGGACACCGUUCGGUUCGCAGUCUUUCCGAACCGCCUCUGACAUCAGAUAGGAGUCCAACUGCGGUCCUCGCGAUGCGAACGAGUCCGACUUCAGGAUGCAGAGCCGGCGGUUAAGUUAAGCUAACCGCCGUCAUCAGCAGGGCGAUUAGCUAAAGUUUCUGUCAAAACUCAGACCAAUUAACUUUUUCUUUUUUACUUUGAAACAUUCUUUACAUUUCCCGUUCCCCGUGAAAAUGUGUCGUUUUCUUCGGUACUGUACCAGCCAUUGUCUCAACGCAGCAAUGACCCGGCUGGAGGAGGUCAACGGGGAAGUGAGCAUGCGGUCGUCGGUUCGGUGGCUCGGCUACCUGUCCGGUCUGAACCUGCUCAUCGCCCUCUGUUGGGGUUUGUACUCGCGGUGGGACGCUACCUCCGAGAGCAUUUACCUGGUGAUUCUGGUCCUGGGGGUGUUUGUCCUGGUAGUAGCCGGAGUUCUGUACUACUUCUUCAACUUGGACCGGUUCAGCCUCGGCCUCCUGCACCUGUGGUAUGGCUUUUUACUGGGUCUGCUCUCCUUGGCGAGCGCGCCCAACCUAAAGUUUACCAGCAAGGAGCAGGCGACCAACUACCUGCUGCUGGCCAGCGUGGUUCUGAGGUGCCUGUGGGCGCUGCUGGAGCGCCUCCUCGGAAGCACCAGGUACCGUCCCGCCUUCCUGACCUCUGCGGAGCGGAUGGAGCUGGGGGGCUUCGCCGUGGCCAGCACGCUGAUGCCGCUGCGCGCGUGCGCCAGCGUGUUCGCGCUCGUGGCGGCGCUCGCCGCCGUCAUGGCCGUGCUUCGAAUGAGGGCCCCUGCGGCUUUAUACAACCUGAUUUUCUUCGGAGUCUUAUCAGGUGAAAUGUUUUUCAAAAACCUGGGGAUCUCCCCGAACCCGUUCGCCCUGACCUGCUUCUUCGGCCGGCUGAUCUGCGACCCCCUGCUGGACUGUUACUUCUGCGGGCUCUCCGUGACGGAGCGCUGGCGGUCCUUCCUGCUGUGGAGGGGUCUGUGGCGCCGGCUGGCUCUGCUGCCGCUCCUGGGGGUGGAGGUGCUCUUCAUCAGCCUGACCGGCUGGAUAAUGGCAGACCAGCCGCAGUGGUACAUGCUCCUGCCGGGCUUCCUGGUCUUUCUGCUCUUCUGGGCCACCUGCCACGUGCUGUUCCUGAUCACCCUGUGGGGCUUCCACUCCAAACUCAGCGACUGCCAGCACCUCUUCCACUACCAGGACACCAGUCUGGACAAGGUCAUGGCCUCCAAGGGAUUGAGACAUUUCUGCCUCAUCUCAGGGCGGCUGGCGGUCUUCACUCUGGUCUCCAGCAUUGUGAUCGCCAUUUUCUGUUUGCAGGCUGGCAGCGCCUUGUUCACAGGGAUGUUUCUCCUGAUCCUGCCCCUGGAGUCUCUGUUCCAUGGCCUCUUCUACGAGCUGGGGAAUACUCUGGGGGGGACCUGUGUGGGCUACGCCGUGGUCAUCCCCACCAACUACUGCAGUCCCGACGGCCAGCCCCUUCUCCUGCCCCCGGGUCAAGUGCAGGAGCUGAACAAGCGCUCCACUGGCAUGCUGAACAACGUGCAGCGGUUUUUCGCCCACCACCUGAUCGAGAACUUUGGCUGCGACUAUUCGACCAGCGGGUUGACCCUCGAGGCCCUGCAGGCCAAGAUCAAAGCCUUUUUUGAGUUGCGCACCCCGGACGGACCUCGCCACGACACGUACAUGAUCUUUUACAGUGGUCACACGCACCGCUCCGGAGAGUGGGCGCUGGCAGGUGGGGACACUCUGCACCUGCAUCAGAUUCUGGACUGGUGGAGGGAGAAGAACGGCAGCUUCUGCUCCCGCCUGGUGCUGGUGCUCGACUGUGAGAACUCGCUGCCGUGGGUCAAAGAGGUUCAGAAGGUGGAGGGCGCGUACGCGGCGGUGCAGGGGGCCACGCUCUCCAGGGCGACGGACGUAGAGCUGCAGGACCCGCCGCAGCUCGGCGACUUCACCGCUCAGUGGGUGGAGUACAACUGCAACCCCAGCAGCAACAUCCAGUGGUCGGAGCGGGGCAGGCCCGUCUCCGCCGCGUACGGCCUCUCCAAGCACUGGAGCGACUACACCCUGCACCUUCCCACGGGGAGCGACGUGAGCAACCACCUGAGCGGGUCCUUCCCCCGGUUCUCCUUUCCUGUGGUUCAGCUGGCUCUGUGGUGCGGCAGCCUGGACUUGCUGUGGAUUUGGAGUUUUUGUCUGAAAUGUCUGAAAAGAUGGAAGCUGAACUGGUGCCCACCUGCCAUACUGGACACCGGGCAAGGCUUCAAACUAGUGAGAUCGUAGCCGUUUGAAAGACAACGUUUGUCUUUAACCCUUAAAGAAGAAAAAAAGUCGCUUUUAAACUGAAAUAGCCAAAAAAAAAAAACACAACUCCAACUUUAAAUAUGAACCAGUUACUGAUGACAUUUUUUAAAUACAAUUUUAAUGUAUUGAAUAAUA